AUGCAUUUCUCAAGCACCCUUUCGGUCCUGCUGGCCUCGGCCACUGCCUGCCAUGCCGCCUUCCGGCCGGGAUGUGAAGACGCCUCCUGGGACUCGGACACGGACUACUUCCUGGACAAGUUCGAUCCCAAGGACGAGAAUCUUCCCAUCGCCCCAACGUACAACAAGACGUACGUGGCCAUCAGGAACCGGCAGCGACGGCAUGUUGUGUUGCACUGCACCAAUACACCACCGCCGAGAUCCAUUGUCGGUGAGGAGGCGUUGAUGGUCAAGGUGCCUGUCACGAGCGUGGCGGCACUUGAUGGCUUCAGCCAGACAGUCAUAGAGAUGCUCGGCAUGUCCUCGACUAUCAAGCGCACCGGAGCGUACUCCGAUGUCACAAGCUCUUGCAUCCGCGGCAACAUGAUGAAUAAUGUUACAUACGACGAUGAUCACUGGGACAAGGCUGACCCGGUAAACGUGACGUUUUACGGUGACUGGACUCGGGAAGACAAGAAGAGCGUGCUCAUUUACAACAACGGCAUGUACUCGCCCCUCUCACAGCUUGCGUACAUCAAGUUCAUCGCCAUGUUUUACGGCGCAGAAGAGCUGGCCAACCGGGUAUACGACGAGAUUGCCAACAACUACCGUUGCGCGGCCGCUCAAGUGCAGCAGGCCUUCAUGUCGGGAGACCUGCGCUCUGGGGCCUUCAUCUCCCCCGUGCAAAAGGAUGGCGAUGCCUUUACCGUGUUCCAGAGCGAAUGGUGGUCCGCGCUGCUGUCUGACGCCGGCUCCAAGCUUGUCAACGUCUCCGCGGACGGGGAGACUGCAAACAAGCGCUUUGGACCAAAGCAGGUCAACCUUCAGGCCAACAGCGACGCGAGCGAGUUUGCAAAGCAGACGUGGGCUAUUAUUGACACCACUCAAUAUAGCCAGCUGCCAGGCAAGCAGGCGCCCAAGCAGUCGCCGUCCAGCGAAAGAGUGGACGAGAACAGCUAUGCGCAACGCUCCGGAGCUUCUUCCAACUCCUUUGCGGUUAAGAAGAAUAACGUUUACCUCACGGACAAGGCGACGAAUCGGAAUCUGCGUCAUAACUUUUUCGAUCGGAGCUCGGCGCGGCCGGACUUGGCGCUGCGCGAUGUCAUUUCCAUCGUUGCGCCUUCACUCGUCCCCGGUUACGAGACUUCAUUCAUUCGCAGCGUUAAGAACCCCAAGGAAAAAACGGCGCUGAUCCGGAAGCCCGAUGCCUGCCCGUCUACGGGUAAAGAGGUGGAGGCCUUGCAGUUGACACAGUGUGACGCACCUUCGUGGGUCAAGGGAUAUAAGACGUCGGGCCUUACAGCCAAUGCCUACGCACGGUCCGACUCUGUCACGUCUUUGGCGGCGGGAGGUGAUGGCGACAGCGGGGGCUUGACCGGUGGUCAGAAGGCCGGUAUCGCGGUCGGCACCGUCUGUGGAGUCGUCUUGAUUGCAGGGGCUGUGGUGGCCGCGGUGCUUAUGAAGCGUCGCAACACCAAGAAGAAGCAGCUGAAGCGUGAGAUGGACCAGGUCGAGAAGGGGUCCACUGGCAGCAGAUCCACGAGAUGA